AUGAAUUAAGCUUAGUUGUUUGAUAUUUUUUUUCCAUAAUAUUAAAUGUAAUAAGAGAAAUUAAAUAGAAAGCUUUACAUCUUACCAAAGGUUGAGAGCUGUGUGAAAUUAGAUAUAGAUUUCAGAUUGAGUACUCCUAUGCACAGCAUGGCUAACAAACAUUAUUAAGGAUGCUAUCCUAAAACGACUAGAUCUGUUAGGUCAGAUGAAUUAAUGAAUACUCCUACUAUGACAACCAUUACAAUAUCUUCAGGGAAAAGAAUCAAAUUAUAUGCUCCAAUGUAAGAAAGCAAAAGAGCAUAACGUUUGAAGAAUGUCCCUUAUGAAUUACAAUAUUUCUAAACCAAGUUACCUACAAAGAACUUUAAAUCUAGUCAUUUGAUGAGUGAAGAUUUAUUGAAUCAACAAAGUGAGUCGAUCGAUAAUAAAUAGAAAUGGCAAAUGCGUUCUCAUAUUAAUAAAAUGAAUAAAGCUACUACAUCUUACUAAAUUAAAAGAUAAGAGAGAAAUGUUGUAAAAUAAACUAAAUCUACAGAUGAUUUAACAUAUAUUAAACAAUAAAAUGAGGAGACUGUUGAAAAUGAAAAAUUAAAAGUAUUUUUUUAAUCUUUAUUUUUUUUAGAGAUAUCAUUUAUAUAAAAGAUCAACAUAAAACCUUAUAAGAUAGUUUUCAGAUACACACAAUAUAAAAUAAUUAUGUUGUGAUCUCUAAUUUAAACAAUAAUGA